AUGUUGUCUCUGUUUUACCGUUAUGUGUUUUCUUCUGGGGUAUAUGGAGGUGGAGGUGAUGGGGUAUAUGGAGGUAAUGGGGUAUAUGAAGGUGGAGGUGAUGGGGUAUUUGGAGGUGAUGGGGUAUUUGGAGGUGUAGGUGAUGGGGUAUAUGGAGGUGAUGGGGUAUAUGAAGGUGAUGGGGUAAAUGGAGGUAAUGGGUUAUUUGAAGGUGAUGGGGUAUAUGGAGGUGUAGGUGAUGGGGUAUAUGGAGGUGAUAGGAUAUAUGGAGGUGAUGGGAUAUAUGGAGGUGAUGGGGUAUAUGGAGGUGGAGGUGAUGGGGUAUUUGGAGGUGAUUGGGUAUAUGGAGGUGUAGGUGAUUGGGUAUAUGGAGGUGAUGGGGUAUAUGAAGGUGAUGGGGUAUAUGGAGGUAAUGGGGUAUAUGAAGGUGGAGGUGAUGGGGUAUUUGGAGGUGAUGGGGUAUUUGGAGGUGUAGGUGAUGGGGUAUAUGGAGGUGAUGGGGUAUAUGAAGGUGAUGGGGUAUAUGGAGGAGGUGGGGGUGAUGGGGUAUUUGGAGUUGGAGGUAAUGGGGUAUAUGGAGGUGGAGGUGAUGGGGUAUAUGGAGGUAAUGGGGUAUAUGGAAGUGAUGGGGUAUAUGGAGGUGGAGGUGAUGGGGUAUUUGGAGGUGAUUGGGUAUAUGGAGGUGUAGGUGAUUGGGUAUAUGGAGGUGAUGGGGUAUAUGAAGGUGAUGGGGUAUAUGGAGGUAAUGGGGUAUAUGAAGGUGGAGGUGAUGGGGUAUUUGGAGGUGAUGGGGUAUUUGGAGGUGUAGGUGAUGGGGUAUAUGGAGGUGGAGGUGAUUGGGUAUAUGGAGGUGGAGGUGAUUGGGUAUAUGGAGGUGUAGGUGAUUGGGUAUAUGGAGGUGAUGGGGUAUAUGGAGGUGAUGGGGUAUAUGAAGGUGAUGGGGUAUAUGGAGGUAAUGGGGUAUUUGGAGGUGUAGGUGAUGGGGUAUUUGGAGGUGAUGGGGUAUAUGGAGGUGAUGGGGUAUAUGGAGGUGAUGGGAUAUAUGGAGGUAAUGGGGUAUAUGGAGGUAAUGGGCUAUAUGGAGGUGUAGGUGAUGGGGUAUAUGGAGGUGAUGGGGUAUAUGGAGGUAAUGGGGUAUAUGAAGGUGGAGGUGAUGGGGUAUUUGGAGGUGAUGGGGUAUAUGGAGGUGUAGGUGAUGGGGUAUUUGGAGGUGAUUGGGUAUAUGGAGGUGUAGGUGAUUGGGUAUAUGGAGGUGUAGGUGAUGGGGUAUAUGGAGGUGAUGGGGUAUAUGGAGGUGUAGGUUAUGGGGUAUAUGGAGGUGUAGGUGAUGGGGUAUAUGGAGGUGUAGGUGAUGGGGUAUAUGGAGGUGAUGGGGUAUAUGGAGAAGUCAAUCCUGAAAGUGAUAGUAUAUUGCUGCAGCUCUCGGUGACCAAGGACAGGUUGAGAAAUGAAAAGUUACGACUUGUGAAGUGGAACACAAUGCUGAAGAUUUAA